AGCUGGUGUUAGACUGAAAGAAAUCACCUAAGUGUCAUCUUUGGUGGAAUGAGCUCAGUUUCAGGAACUGGUUUCAGACUGACCCUCUGGCCUCUGGAGCAAAUUCAAAUGUAACUCUUCUCCCACCCCCUUCUCUUCUUCCAGAUUAGUUAAAAGAAGAAUGAAGUAUAAUCCUUGAAGAUUACUGGCCAAUGUUUUAAGUUGGAGCCUGUUCCUGGUUGUGAGGAUUUAUACAAGUCUUCAGUUUUUCAGCACAGACCGGCCGACCAUAAUUCUUUGGAGGAGUUACUCCCCCGCCCUGCUCUUCAGUGUCCUUGGUGGCAAAAAUUAAAUUUGAUUGCCUCAUUUUGACUUGGGUUUCAGGCUAGAUUUUAUGACACAAGGAAGGGCAUAAACUUUCCACGUGUUUUCCUUAAAACAGACCUCAUCAAACCAGUGCAUUGAAUCUGGACGUCUUGAAUUGAGAAGUCAGUCACUUUAUUUCAAUACACAUAGCUGAAGAAUUCAAGAAGACGAAGGCGUCCUCGGGUGUACUUCUUUUUCUUUAUUAUUAGAGAUGAAACGAGACAUUUCGUAGCAUUUGCAGUGAAAUCCUAGAUUAUAAGCAGAACCAAAACAAAGUUGCAGAAUCUAAUGAGUAAGGAGAGUUCUCUUUGGAAAUUUAAAUUUUUGUGAGAGUAAGUUACUACAAGCAUUUAUACCUGUCCAUUACUUUUCUCUCUCCAAAUAAGCAGCUAAAUGAAAAUGCACAUCUCAGACUUAAUUAUUUAGCAGAAUAGUGGAGCAAUGGAAAACCUACAGACAAAUUUCUCCUUGGCUCAGAGCGCAAAUAAAAAACUGAAUGGGAUGGGAGACGAUGGCAGCCCUCCAGCGAAAAAGAUGAUGACAGACAUUCAUACAAAUGGAAAAAUGAUAAGCAGGGUGCCAGCAGUUAAGAAGGAACUCUUGGAUGACUAUGGAGACGCGCCGAUGGAAGCUGACGUGGAGCAUGUCAAGCGAACCUGUGCUUCUGUGCCCGAGCCUUUAAAUUUAAAUCCAAGUUUGAAACACACGCUAGCACAAUUCCAUUUAAGUAGUCAGAGUUCUCUGGGGGGGCCAGCAGCGUUUUCUGCUCGCUAUUCCCAGGAAAGCAUGUCGCCAACUGUGUUUCUGCCGCUGCCGUCUCCUCAGGUUCUUCCAGGCCCACUGCUUAUCCCUUCCGAUAGCUCCACAGAACUCACCCAGACGGUGUUGGAAGGGGAAUCCAUUUCUUGUUUUCAAGUUGGAGGAGAGAAGAGACUCUGUCUGCCUCAAGUUUUAAAUUCUGUGCUACGAGAAUUUUCACUCCAGCAGAUAAAUACAGUGUGUGAUGAACUGUACAUAUAUUGUUCACGGUGUACUUCGGACCAGCUUCAUAUCUUAAAGGUCCUGGGAAUACUUCCGUUCAAUGCCCCGUCCUGUGGGCUGAUUACAUUAACUGAUGCACAAAGAUUAUGUAAUGCUUUAUUGCGGCCACGAACUUUUCCUCAAAAUGGUAGCAUACUUCCUGCUAAAAACUCAUUGGCCCAGUUAAAGGAAACUGGCAGUGCCUUUGAAGUGGAACAUGAGUGCUUGGGCAAAUGUCAGGGUCUGUUUGCACCCCAGUUUUACGUCCAGCCUGAUGCUCCCUGUAUUCAGUGUCUGGAGUGUUGUGGAAUGUUUGCACCCCAGACGUUUGUGAUGCAUUCUCACAGAUCACCUGACAAAAGAACUUGCCACUGGGGCUUUGAAUCAGCCAAAUGGCAUUGCUAUCUUCAUGUGAACCAAAAAUACUUAGGGACACCUGAAGAAAAGAAGCUGAAGAUAAUCUUAGAAGAAAUGAAGGAGAAAUUUAGCAUGAGGAAUGGAAAGAGAAGUCAAUCCAAGACAGAUGCACCGUCAGAAAUGGAAUUACAGUCAUGGUAUCCUGUCAUAAAGCAGGAAGGUGACCAUGUUUCUCAGACGCAUUCAUUUUUGCACCCCAGCUACUACUUAUACAUGUGUGAUAAAGUGGUUGCCCCAAACGUAUCGCUCACUUCUGCUGUAUCCCAGUCUAAAGAGGUCACAAAGACAGAGGCAAGUAAGUCCACGUCAAGACAGUCAGAGAAGCCUCAUGAUAGUGGUAAACAUCAAAAACCAGUGUCUUAUCCAGAUGUCUCACUUGAGGAGCAGGAAAAGAUGGAUUUAAAAACAAGUAGAGAAUUAUGCAGCCGUCUAGAUCUAUCGAUCUCUAAUAAUCUUUCAGGUAAAAAGAAAUCCGAGUCUACCGCUUGCAACUUCAUCAGAGACACAAGCAAGGUGGGAAUUGGCCACGAUGCUGCAGCUGCUUCUCCACUUUCUGUGAAAGAUGUCGUUUGUGAGGAUGAUAAGGGAAAAAUCAUGGACGAAGUGAUGAGAACUUAUGUAAAACAGCAGGAAAAACUGAACUCAAUUUUACAAAAGAAGCAACAACUUCAGAUGGAAGUGGAAAUGUUGAGUAGUUCAAAAGCUAUGAAGGAACUCACUGAAGAACAGCAGAAUUUACAGAAAGAGCUUGAAUCUUUGCAGAAUGAACAUGCUCAAAGAAUGGAAGAAUUUUACGUUGAACAGAAAGAUUUAGAGAAGAAGUUGGAGCAGGUAAUGAAGCAAAAAUGUUCCUGUGACUCAAAUUCAGAAAAGGACAAGGAGGCUGAAUAUGCAGCACAGUUGGCAGAACUGAGACAGAGGUUGGACCAUGCUGAGGCUGACAGGCAAGAGCUCCAAGAUGAACUCAGGCAGGAACGGGAGGCAAGACAGAAGUUAGAGAUGAUGAUAAAGGAGCUGAAGCUGCAAAUUCUGAAGUCAUCAAAGACUGCUAAAGAGUAGAAACAGUUAAAGAGGGUCGUCCGUGUAUUACAGGGUUUUUUGUUUGUUGUUUGCUUUGGUAAUUGAAUUCUGAACGACUUACCUGCAUGAAGACAACUGGCAUUCUAUCCAUUUGUAGAUCAGAGAAAGUGAAGAGAUUAUAUAUUAAUACGUACAUUUUUACAUUUUCCAGAUGAAUGAAAAUAUGUGUUUCUUUGUACUCUUUUUUUUUUUUAAAUCAGCUUAGUAACAGUACUAUAUGGUUUCAACUAGUAGAUAAGCUGCCUAUAUUUCUAAUGCAAACAUAACAAUUGUCUACUUUUUAAAAGCUGCAGUGAGUGAUGGAGAUUAGCUGUGGUCAAUUUUGUUAUCCAUAUUUCAGACUCAAUUUUAGAUACAAUGGUGGCUUCAUAUUUUAAAUAUAUAAUAUAGAGCUACUCAGUGAGUUGAAUAUCCCUUUUUCUUAUUAACGCAGUCUCCUUUCUAAGUUGAUAUAUUGUUCUCAUUAUUAUACACACAGUUUACUUUGACUUUGUUCAGACUGUGGAAUGAAUUUCCACCAGUUCUCCUCUUUCUACCGUCUCCUAAGAGGAAUUUCACUGAAGUUAGAGCACAUCCCCUGGGCACAAUGGGGAAGGAGAACAUGCAUUGUUAUGCUCUGCUGCUAAAGGUGAGAAGCAGUUGUAAUUUGUUUUUCAGUUUAAAUGUGGCUAUAUUUAGGAUUUUUUUUUGAACAGCUACUUUGGAAAAAUAAAAUGUCAUAAUUUCUG